CCUGCGCGUGCUCAGCGUUUUGCUCGGCGCGCGCGGGGGAAACACGCCGAGGGUAACACGGAGAGAGAGAGAGACAGAGAGAGAGAGAGAGAGAGAGAGCGAGCCCUCUCUCCAGUCAUCAUCAUCAUUCAUGCAGCGACUCCAGCUGCGACUCCGCGGCUUCUCCCGGUGAUGACGCGGGAAAUCGCGGCGGUCGCGUGCGCUCGAUCCUCCUGCUGCGGGAUGACGGAGUGAAAGAGGCGGAAGCUCGCGCGCGCGGCGCCACCAUGCAGCUACCGAUCGCAGCGCUGUGCCUCGCGCUCGCGCUGGCGGCCACCGGGGCCGCCACGGAAGAUUCAGAUUCAGAUUCAGAGGAGUUGAUGUCUUUAGCUGAACUGGAGGACUUGUUGUUGAGGAAACUUUUUCAUGGUUAUCAGAAGUGGGUGAGACCCGUCCUGCACGCCAACGACUCCAUCACCGUCCGCUUCGGCCUCAAGAUCUCACAGCUGGUGGAUGUGGAUGAAAAGAACCAGCUUAUGACUACUAAUGUCUGGUUGUGGCAGGAGUGGACGGACUAUAAGCUGAGCUGGAACCCAGAGAAUUAUGGGGGAAUUACGUCCAUCCGAGUGCCCUCGGAGAAUAUCUGGCUGCCUGACAUCGUCCUCUAUGAAAAUGCUGAUGGGCGUUUCGAGGGCUCACUGAUGACCAAAGCGAUCGUCAAAUACAACGGUACAGUGACAUGGACUCCUCCAGCCAGCUACAAGUCUUCCUGUACAAUGGACGUCACUUUCUUCCCCUUCGACCGCCAGAACUGUUCGAUGAAGUUUGGUUCAUGGACAUACGAUGGCGCCAUGGUGGAUCUGACCCUGAUCGACCCCCAUGUGGACCGCAAGGACUUUUUCGACAACGGCGAGUGGGAGAUCCUGGACGCCAGAGGGCGGCGAGGGAGCCGUCGUGACGGAAUCUACUCGUAUCCAUUCGUCACCUACUCCUUCAUCCUGAAACGCCUGCCUUUGUUCUAUACGCUCUUCCUGAUCAUCCCGUGCCUCGGCCUCUCCUUCCUCACCGUGCUGGUUUUCUAUCUCCCAUCAGACGAAGGUGAGAAGCUCUCGCUGUCCACGUCUGUGCUCGUCUCACUCACCGUCUUCCUCCUGGUCAUCGAGGAGAUCAUUCCGUCCUCAUCCAAGGUGAUCCCGCUGAUCGGCGAGUACCUGCUCUUCAUCAUGAUCUUCGUCACCUUCUCCAUCAUUGUCACGGUCUUCGUCAUCAAUGUGCACCACCGCUCCUCGGCCACCUACCACCCCAUGGCGCCAUGGGUCAGGAGGCUCUUCCUGCAGAGCUUACCCAGAAUGCUGUGCAUGCGUGGCCACACUGAUCGCUACCUCUAUGCUGACAUGGAGCCACACCGGAGUCCGGAGCUGAAGCGUGGAAUGAAGAAGGGGAUGAAGAAGAGUGUGGGAGGAAAGGAGGACGAGUCCUGGGUGGCCAUGUUGGAGAAAGCCACCAGCUCAGUGCGCUACAUAUCCAGACACAUUAGGAAGGAGCACUUCAUCAGAGAGGUGGUUCAGGACUGGAAGUUCGUGGCUCAGGUGUUGGACCGGAUCUUCCUGUGGGUCUUCCUCACCGUGUCUGUAGUCGGCACCAUCCUCAUCUUCACUCCAGCUCUGAACAUGUACCUCAGCACCGCUCCUUAAACCACAUUACAAACCCAUCCUUAAAACACACAGGGCAAAAAAAGACAGGUUUCUUUAAAUUUCACAAUAAUGUAUACCAACCCAAUAACAACCACUGCUUCAAUACAUACCAAGUACAUCUUCAAUACAUACCAAUUACAUAGAUCAGACUUUAAAGGGUUAUUCAGCCGUGCAAAAAUAUUCACUUUCACGUAAAAACACCUUGCAAAUACACCUUCCAAAAACAUUCAAACCACUCCUCAAACUCACAUCCAGUCACAGCCUUCCUUAACAACAAAUUACAAAAAUAUACAUCAUCCCUAAAACCACUCCUUUAAUGUAGGAUCCAAAUGUUUACAUCAGCAUGACAUGGUUCAACACAAUCUCCAAAAGAUCAUCAUUUUACAAAGCAGCGCUGUUGAAUUCUCAAAUCUGAUUGGUCAGAAAAUGUUGAUUAAUUUUCUAUAACAGCAGCUCUGUUCUAAUACGUUGUUGUUUCUAUAGUAACAGCUCAUUCACAUGGGCGGGCUCGUAAUCCACGGAUUAAAAUAAAGCAAGAAAUAUUGUAGAUUUUAUGCUUAGUUAUCAUUUAUGGAAGGAGUCUCCAAUGUCAUUGCUUUGUAUCACUUGUAGAUAAAGUCUUGAGGACCUCAGGACACCUCGAGAUGUGCUGUUACAGAAAAAUAAUUAAUGCUAGGGUGGUAGCUCCUUCUGCUUCACAUCACAUCGCCCUGUUGUUGAUUAUUUUCCUAUAACAGCACAUCCUGAAGUGUUUUAUUCCUCUUAUAUAACAGCAAUUUGCCAACGAUUGCCAUUUAUAUUUAUUAAAGAAUGACACAUCAUACUUUUUAUACCAACUACAUUACAUUCUUUCAUAAACACACUUUUCAAUAACCCCAUUACCUCACCCAAGCACAAAAAAAUUCACCAAACCCUUUACAAUCCCUUAUUAAUCACACAUCAAAAUGUAUACUACUCCUUUAUUUCUAUUCUUUAACUAUUUAUGCAAAAUAAAUACCUAGCCAUAUUAGAUUCUUUCAGAAACCCCUCCCAAAAUAAUGUAUACUACAACGCAUACCACAUUAUAGCUGAUAUUGUGACCGCAUUGUGGAAGACACGGAAAAUGUGUGAGGAGAAAAUGUGUGUGUUGGUUUGAUGAAGAAAUGAUAAGAAAUUAUAUCCCAUAUAUAUGCCCCAUAUUUACUCAACCAUGAACAAUUUGUUUACCUGUACAGUGUUUUAAUACAUAUAAUACAAACCUCACUGAGAGGCUACAACAAAGAAAUUCUUAAUCAGCCCUUAAUAUUACAACAUGAAAACAUUUCCUUUUGGCUCUGUACCAUCCUUCAAUACACUUUGUGUCUGUCAGAUUAUGCUGACGUCAUCUGCAUUAAAGCGUGUACGUGUCUAUGUGUUAA